AUGUCAUUGGAAAGAUUAGCAAAUGAAUUAUUCUUAGAUAUAUUUGAAUAUUUAUCCGAUGUUGAUUUAUUUCAUGGUUUUCGUGAAUUAAAUAUUCGUAUUGAUAAUCUUAUUAUAAAACAUUUUAAAAAUCAUAAACAUAUUGAUUUUCGUUUAAUAUUCAAAGAAGAUUUAAAUAUAAUUCGUCGAAAAUAUCUUCCAUUAUUUAUAAAUGAAAUAAAAUCAAUUUAUCUUUCUGAUAAUGAUACAAAUCCACAUGAACUUGAUAUAUUUAUAUCACGUUUAUAUCCACUUUAUCGAUUUGAAAAUCUUCAAUCAAUAAAAUUUUAUAAUAUUUAUUCAAUUGAAAAAAUAAAUAGAAUUCUUAAUGAUUUAAAACAUUUAUCUUAUUUAACACAUCUUUAUUUAAAACAAACAUAUAUUAAAUAUGAUCCAAAUAUAAUUCUUAUUAUGAUGAAUAAUAUAUGGAGUUUAUCUUAUUUAACACAUUGUUGUUUAGAUAUUUUUUUUGAAGAUAUUUCUCAUUUAAUACCUCCAACAGUAAUAUCAUGUACUCUUAAAUAUUUAUCAAUAUCAGGUGUACAAUGUGAUUUAGAUAAUUUAUCACUAUUAUAUGAACAUACACCAUAUAUUGAAUAUAUAUAUAUUAAUUUAUGGGAUCCAUAUAAUGAUCAUUAUCAAUUAUCUUUAAUACCUUCAGUAACAAUAUUGAAAUUGAAAUGUCAAAGUUCAUCAAGAAUAAUUCAAGCACUUUUACGAAAAAUGCCAAAUUUAAUUAAUUUAACAGUUGAAACAAAAAUAAUUCAAAUCGAUGGACAUAUGUGGAAAGAUAUUAUUGAAAAAUAUUUAUUACAAUUAAAUAUAUUUAAUCUUAAAAUGGAAUUUGAAAUUAUUGAUUAUGAUAAUAUUGAACAAGAAAUUGAUCGAAUUAUUAAUUCAUAUAAAAAUCAAUUUUGGAUUGAUAAACAUAAAUGGUUUGUUAGAUGUUUUUGUUAUACUGAAAAUGAAAGAAGUUUUAUUCAUCUUCAUACAUUACCUUAUGUUUUUCAAAAUUUUUCUAUUAAUAUUAAUGAAAAUUUUUUAUUUAAAUCAACUUCUCAACAAGAUAAACAUUAUUUAACAUAUAAUUAUGUUCAAGAUUUAAAAUAUUCAUCUACAACAUCUGAACAUAUUUAUUUACCUAAUAUUCUAUUUUCAAAUGUUCGACAUUUAACAUUAACACUUCCACAUGAUGAUCAUUUACGAUUUUUAGUUCCUCGAUUUAAUAAUUUAAUAUUUCUUGAAAUACGAAUGAGUACUUGGGAACAUUAUGAUAAUGAUUUAAUUCAAUUACAAACGUUACUUGAUCAAGCACCGAAUCUUUAUUAUCUUAAAUUUCAUUCAUGGUUAUCAGGAGUAUCAAAAGCUGAAAAUAAAAAUAAAAAAACUUCAAAUAGAAAUGUUUGGAAAAUGCCACCAUUUUCGAAUCGAAGUUCAUCUGUUCGUUAUCUUGAUUUACGAGGAUUUAAUAAUUCUGGUGAUUAUCAAUAUUAUAAUGAUCAACAAUGUUCAGCAUUAAUUCGUUCACCAUUAGGUAAUCAAUGUGAAUUUCUUGUUAUUGGAGUUGAAAAACGAACAAAUAUAAUUGAUCUUGUUAACAAAAUGAAUCAUCUUCGAGCAUUGAAUGUUCGUUGUUGUGAUAGAAAAAAAAAUGAUGAUGAAUUAAUUAAAUGGUUACAAUCACGUUUACCAUCAACAUGUUCAUUUGCAAAAGAUUCAAGAUUUUCGAAUGAUAUUCGAUUGUGGAUUCGUUAA